AUGGGAAAAAAAAAUCGUUCUCGUUCAAGAGAACAUAAAAACGAAAAAAAACAUAAAAAAAGAUCUAGAUCAAAUUCCUCGUAAAUAAUAUAAAACAAUCAAAAAAAAUCAUUUUGUUCUUCAUCUUCUUCGUCACCUCUUAGACAAAAUAAUUAUUAUUCCAAAAAGCCAUAUUAUUCAAAAGAAAACCGUAUUGAAAAACGUUAAAAUCUAUAAUUAAAAGUUCAUUUUUGGGACUACAGUACAGAUGAGGAAACUUAUAAUAAAAACUUGGAAAAAUAUUGGAAAAAACAAGAAUUAGAAAAACUUGAAAUAUAAAAAGAAUAACUAAAACAAGAAGAAGAAAAAAGACUAAGAAAAUUAGAAAAAAUAUAAAAUUAAUAAUCAAUUACAUCUUCAUCUGCUUCUAAUACUUCUUCUUCUUCAGAAUCUUCUAAAUCAUCUUAAUUUUCUUCUUCAUCAGAAAAUGAAGAUGAAAUUGAAUUUGAAUCAGAUAAUUCUUUUGCCAGAUAAUGUCGUGAAAAACUUAAAGGUCCUAAAUUUUAAAAACCUACUUAAAGAAAUAAAAAAAGUGAAGAAAUUUAAUAAUAAUAAGAAGAAAAUGAAGAAUAUUAAGAUGAUGAAAAUUAUCUUGAAACAUAAAGACAAAACUAAAAUCAUUAAUCACAAUUUGUAAUAGGGCCUAUGCCAUUGAUAAUAUCAGAAAAUAAGCGAGAUAGCAAUUAUGGUGGUACUUUGUUACCCGGAGAAGGCCAAGCUAUAGCUUAAUAUAUAGAUUCAGGAAAAAGAAUACCUCGUAGAGGUGAAGUAGGUCUUUCUUCUGAAUAAAUUAGUCGAUAUGAAGAAUUAGGUUAUGUAAUGAGUGGUUCAAGGCAUAAAAGAAUGAAUGCUGUAAGACAAAUGAAAGAAGCAAAAGUAUAUAGUAUUUAAGAAAAAAAGGCCUUAGCAAUUUAUAAUUACGAGCAAUAAAUAAAAAAAGAAAAUAAAAUUAUAGAUUAAUUUAAAUAAGUUUUAAACGAUAAGUUAACAUCAACAAACAAAAAAAAAUGA